ACCGACAUUACCGACAUAUUGGUUUUAAAUUUGUUGCGCCACAUAGUGUGAGACCGUUGAAACUUCUAGUCAAAUUGUGUCAACUAAAUGGCGCCACCGAAUAAUUUAUUGUGACGUGUUUCUUUAUUCAAUAUAUUAUUUACAAUGUUGACUAAAUUAUAACGUUGAAAUAUUUUAUCGACCAACUUCUAUGACGGUUUGUAACAAAGGAAUUUAAAAUGUAUAGUUAAAUGAUUUCUAAUAACAAAGAGAAAUUGACUUUAUCUAUAAGUAGAAACCGUCAUUACUACUUGGCCUCUGUCCUCACUUCUGUAUGUUUAUCCUUAUCAACUCGAAUUUUGAAAGCCAUCCAAUCAUUGAAAUCUAAUAUUGAAUAUAGGAGAUGAUAUUUAAUAUAUAUCAUAUAUAUCAUUCAUAUUUGCUAUGAUUAAUUAAUACUUAAGUACUUGGACCAUAUCGUCCCACGUUUAUAAUCGAAAUCACUUUAUGUAACUGUGAAACGUGAUUGGUUUCUCUAUCACUCUUGCAAUAACAAAGAAAUUAUUUGCUAUUCAUGCUGUACAUUUUAUUUGCAUAUUUCUACAUAGUUUUUAUCGUUCUGUAUUAUCGUGUACGUUUCACACCUUAUAAUUAGACAUUAGUCUAAGAUUCACAGCAUAGAUAUACAUAGAUUAGGACAACAGGAGUGGGGAAAAACACUUGUGUUUUGUUCGUUGGUAUGCGUGGCAGAAUAUGGCUACAAUCCGGUACCAUUCAAAUAUCAUAUGUUUCGAAGGAAAUGCUUCUGUUUUGCCAUGGAAUGAAUUAUUUGAAAGGGAUGGCUACUUUGCAGAUAUUGUUUAAGUGUUAAGUAUUUCUUAGGAUAUUUACAUAUAACUGUGUAUUGCUGUUGACUGUCCUUUAAUUGGUACUCAAUUCAGAAUGCAGAAAUUUAGACGAGCUCAGGCACAAAAUAAAAUAGCCAUUAAUAAGCAUUUAGAAGCGAAUGCUUACUUAGAAUCAUCGAGUGAAGAUGAGGAUGACAUAAAUACAGAGGACAUACAAAAUGUGGUUGGCAAAGUUUUAUCUGGUUACCAAGGAAAGGAGGCAGACGCGGAAAAGAUUUUAUCUUAUUUAGUUAACGCGUUUCAAUCUGGUAGCGCGGUUUGUUUAAUAUGCAUUUCAACUAUAAAGAAAGCAGAUGCGAUUUGGAAUUGCAGCAAGUGUUUUGCCUUUCUACAUUUAUCAUGUAUCUUGCACUGGACACGAGAUAGUUUAAAUGUGAAACGCGAGAAAGGUGUUGCACCUAUUUGGGCAUGUCCAAAGUGUCGCAUGGAAUAUGGGCAGGACGAAGUUCCUCGUAACUAUAAAUGUUUCUGUAGAAAAGUCAUAGACCCCGCGUUCCAACCAUGGAACAUACCACACUCUUGCGGAGACCCAUGUGGCAAACUCCUGCAGCCAGAAUGCGGUCACAAGUGUGUUUUACUCUGCCACCCUGGACCAUGUCCCCCUUGCGCCAAAACAGUAUCGGUUAAAUGUUUCUGUGGCAAGCAAGCACCCGACCAACGAAGAUGCAACGCCAAGGACUGGAGUUGUGGUACCGUAUGCAACAAAAGGUACAAAUCGUGUUCCCACACUUGCAAGCAACUGUGUCACGCAGGAGACUGUCCGCCUUGUCCAGAAACAUUGACACUGGAAUGUCACUGCAAGAGCAACACAGGCACAAGGCAGUGUUCCGAAGGCGCAUGGAGUUGCGACAAGCCCUGUCGCCGUCCUCUGUCCUGCAACGUCCACGUAUGUCAGAGCACGUGUCACUUACCCGGCGACUGUGGACCCUGCAUUUUGGAAAAGAACAGAACCUGUCCCUGCGGUAAAAAGCGUUACGCGGUGUCUUGCAGUCAAGAGCAACUGCCAACCUGCGGGGACACAUGUGGCAAACUCUUAGACUGCGGUUCGCAUUUCUGUAACAUGCGCUGUCACGCUGACCGAUGUGGCCAAUGCUUGGAAGUGGUUACAAAAUCCUGUCGCUGCGACAGUUACACGAAGGAAGUCGCCUGCGCCAAGGAAUUCCAUUGCAACAAGAAGUGCGUGCAGAUGCGCCUCUGCGGCAGGCACUUGUGCAACAAGAAAUGCUGCGACUGCCUGAUCAAGAACACGUUCAACGUAUGCGAGAAGAUUUGCGAGAACACCUUGAACUGCCGCAAGCACAAAUGCUCAGCUCCGUGUCACAGCGGUCCCUGCUACCCGUGCGAGCGCACGGACGUCAUUCAAUGCAGAUGCGGGUACAACAAGAUAACAGUACCGUGCGGCACGACGAAGAGAGUAAGACCUCCACCCUGUAACAAGCCAUGCAAGGUACCGCCGAUCUGCCACCAUCCCAAAAGGGAAACUCACAAGUGUCACCAGGGCGCGUGUCCACCUUGUAAGAAGAUUUGCGAUUUGACGUACAAGCGGUGCGGCCACUCCUGCGUCGCCGUUUGCCACACGAAGGUGUGGGUGAAGGUGAAGAAGAACGACGCGAAGGCGCAGCCCACGGGACCAUGGGAGAUACAGAAGGAGACCAAGCAGCUGAAAACGCUGCCGUGUCCGCCGUGCGAGGUCUCCGUGCCGGUCACGUGUCUGGGGGGACAUGAAACACGCCCGUGGCCUUGCCACAUGGCCAGGCCUACCUCUUGCGGAAGGCCUUGCGGAAGAAUGCUGCCUUGCUCCAACGACACUUGCGAAUUGGUCUGCCACAAGGUGUCAUCUCCCGGAGAUGCCGCGAAUGGCACUCCGUGCAUGGAAUGCGAGAAGCCGUGCGCGUUCCCGCGACCGCAAGGCUGCACGCACACAUGCCCGAAGCCAUGCCACCCGGCGCCGUGCAGUCCCUGUAAACAGCUAGUUAAAAUUCCCUGUCAUUGCGGCAUAGUCACUCUGUACCGGAGAUGCGCUGAACUGACGUCGGCCACGUCGGAGCAGCGCGAUGAACUGCUCAAAUGUGGGAACCAGUGUCCUAAAAAUUACGCUUGCGGUCACAGGUGCAUGAACGACUGCCACCCGGGCGUGUGCAAGGACGAGAACGAGUGCAGCAAGAAGGUGAAACUAUUCUGCCCGUGCAAACGCGUGAAGAAGGACUUCGCGUGCUCGCUGGCGCAGAGGCAGAAGAUCGAGGUGCCGUGCGACGACGUCUGCGCGAAACUGAAGAAGGAGAGGAGCCAAGCGGAGGCCGCGCUGCUCGCGCAGAAACGCCAGGCCGAGGAGAUCCGCAAUCAGGAGGAGAUCGAGAAGUUCGAGAGGAAAUUCAAGCCUCGUCGCAAAGGCAGGGACAAGCUCGACAAGAAACAGCUGCGCAAAGAGACCAAUGGGAGUUAUUGGAAAUACUCGAUUUUGACAAUUCUAAUAGGCGUCGUCGGCGUAGCGGUGUAUUACAUGACUGUUCAGAGAGUGUGAAUCAUUUUCGGAAAUUCCAACGGAGAGAGAAAGAGAGAGAGAGAGAGAGAGAGAGAGAGAGAGAGAGGAAUGAUUGAGAGGAAUUGCAGCGUAACGUAAUUGUUUUAGUCAUUUUCUUGGUUACACGCCAACUUAAACUGACACCGUGACAAACCAAAAACACUUUCGUAUAUUUUUAUAAUCCACGAGUAUCAUCGUUUCACGGCACCGCCGUGCCGUCGACUCGACCAUCCAAAGAACGUUAUUUUAUGCUUGUGCGUUAAUAUUAAAUAAACCAUUAAGCGAGUCA